CCCCCGGCUGGGCUGCCCCCGGCCGGCUGCCGCGGGCCCCAGUGCACACACGCCGCCGCCCCGCCACACUCGCGGAGCGCAGCGCAGCGCGCAGACGGUUCGCAGCAGCACCAAUCGAUCAUGGUCGUGAAGAGGGUGGCGGUGAUCGGCGCGGGGGCGGCGGGCCUGUCCGCGGCACGCCACCUGGUGGCGGACCCGGACCACUUCGCGUGCACCGUGUUCGAGCAGACUGGCAACGUGGGUGGCACCUGGGUGUACACGGACCGCGUCGGCAAGGACGAGUUCGGGCUGCCGGUGCACUCCAGCAUGUACAAGAGCCUCCGGACCAACCUGCCGAAGGAGAUCAUGGGCUUCCCGGACUACCCGAUUCCCGAGCAGGAGCGCUCCUACCUGCCCGCCAAGGACAUCCUGCAGUUCCUCAACGACUACGCCGACCACUUCCGCGUCCGCGAGCGCGUCCGCUUCUACCACCACGUCCUGAGCGUGGCGCCCAAGGCGGGCGGCGGCUGGGCCGUGCGCACCAGGGACCUGCGCACCGAGCAGGACCAGGAGGAGGAGUUCGACGCCGUCAUGGUCUGCAACGGGCACUACUCCAAGCCCUUCACGCCCGCCCUGCCUGGCGUGGACUCGUUCCUCGGCGCGACCCUGCACAGCCACGACUACCGCACGCCGGACUCCUUCAAGGGCAAGAACGUGGUGGUCAUCGGGGCGGGCCCCUCGGGCAUGGACCUCUGUCUCGAGGUGGCGUUGGGCGGCGCCGCCAGCGUCGUGCUGAGCCACCACUGGCCGGAGCCCAUCAACACCCGCUUCCCGGACAACGUCCGCCAGGCCGCCGACGUGGCCAGGGUCAUGGAGCGCAGCGUCGAGUUCGCGGACGGCACCACGGCGCCCGCCGACGUGCUGUUCUACUGCACGGGCUACCUGUACAGCUUCCCGUUCCUGAGCGACGAGUGCCGCGUGCGCGUCGUGGACAACCACGUGCAGCCCCUGUACAAGCACCUCGUGCACGUGGACCACCCCACCCUGGCGCUCGUCGGCCUCCCCUUCUACGUGUGCGCCAACUCGCUUUUCGACUUGCAGGCCCGCGUGUUCGUGCGCACCCUCAAGGGGGAGGUGGUGCUCCCCAGCCGGGAGGAGAUGCUAGCCGACACGGAGCGGGAGAUGGAGAGGCGGCGCGCCAUGGGCAUGAAGAACCGCCAGGCCCACAUGAUGGGGCCAUUGCAGGGUGAUUACUACUCGGAGCUCGCUGCAUUGGGAAAUUUGGACAGUCUGCCAGCAGUCCUGACGAAACUUCACAACGAAAGCAGCCAGCGCUUCCUCGAAGACUUGGUCAAUUAUCGAGAAGAUAUAUACAAAAUUAUUGAUCAGGAUAAUUAUAUUAAGGCCAAUUAAUUUAGGAGUAAUGAGAGGAAAUGUGAUUUAAGAUAAGCCCCAUAAAAAGGUGUUUUUAGUUUAUUUGGAAAAAACAUUAACAAAGAAAUUUCAGGCACCUAUGUACAAUAGAGUUCUGCCUAUCUACAGAGAACAUUGUACAUUCUAGCAUUGACUAUCAUGAUGGUUAAAACAAAGCCUCAUGAGUUUUGCUUAGAACAAUGGAGCUGGCUUCAUCGUAAAAACAAAAGCCAAGACGUAAAGAUAAAAUUGAGCUAAGAUCUAAUUUCAUCUUUCUUCCCCUGCACAUUUUAGAAAUGACAAUUGAAAAAAGAAAACCAAAAACUGAUUAGCUUUGAAACUGUUAAGACAUCUUCUUCAGUAAGGUAGUAGCUAACUUUGGUAAUUAAAAGAGGAGCAAAAAGAUAAGAAGAAAUGUACAUACUUCUUACAUUGGAAUGGAAUGUAUAAUACUGACAGUCUUGAAUAAUAAAUACUAUACAAGUGGCUA